AUGCGAAAGGUUUCAUCUCAAAUAUUCAGCCGAAAGAAUUUCAACAGUUUGAUGAAUGAGGUUUUUGUGGAGAAGGCCGAGACUCUUCGUAAGUUCCUCCAGAAAGCUCGAGGUCAAGGGAAUCCGGUAGACCUGCAGUCGUGUUUCUUCAACUUCACUUUUGACAGCAUUAUGCGGAUCUUCUUUGGGGAGGAGUCCAACACCGCAGUGGGCAUGCCAAACAAGUACGGAAAGGCUUUUGACGCGGCUCAGAACAACAUGCGCAAGCACGCCAUCGACUCAAUCGCUUCCUACAUCUUUUUCAGCACCUUCCUGCCAUGGCCUUUCGGUGGCAGGUGUGGAGGAUUGGCUCGACGAAUUUGGGACAUUUUUUCGCCGAGGCACCGUACCAUGAAAGCGGCAACUUGGGUGCUGGAUCAGGAGGCCAAGCGCCUGGUCCAGAAAUGCCGGGACGAUCCAAAGCUCAAGGAACGCCGGGACUUGCUUGCACUCUUCAUCCAGGCAAAUUUCAGUACAGACUUCGUGAAGCAGAUGGUGCUUCAUCUCAUUAUUGCCGGCAGGGAUACUACAGCUUGCCUGCUGUCGUGGAUGUUCUAUGAGCUCACGCAGAACCAAGACACACAAGCAAAACUUCACAGCGAGAUCAUGCAAAAGCUGCCACCGGACACACCGCUGAACUUGAAAAGCUUGUCAGCAAGCGAGCUGCCUUACCUGAAUGGUGUCAUCUAUGAAACUUUGCGAUUGUGGCCUCCUGUUCCCUUUGAUGGCAAGAUGGCUUUUGAGGAUGAUGUUGUGCCUGGGGGUUGGAAAGUCCCUGCUAUGGCAAAAGUGGCCUAUUGCCCUUACAACAUGGGCCGUGAUGCGAAGAGGUACCCGGAACCCGAGGUUUUCCGUCCAGAGCGUUGGAUCCCCUUCACUGCGCCGCCUCAGCACGAGUUUCCUGUCUUCCAAGCAGGGCCGAGGAUCUGUCUUGGCAUGGACAUGGCUCUCUUCGAAGCUAAAACGGCCGCGGUGGAGUUGUUGCGCCACUGCCGCUUUGAGGUUGUACCUGGACAGACCAUCACCCAUGGGGAUAAGGUCACCAUGGACAUCAAGAGCAAUGGCAAGGAGGAAUUCAAUGUCUAUGUGAAGAGCUGGGAGGCCUAG